AUGCAGUCCUUCAACGGUAUCGGCCGGAUUGAUUUGGAGUGGCCAGAGCUUUUCACGAAGAUCAUGGCAGUCAUUGCGAACUUGUCUUUCAACUUCAACUUCUUCCAACCAGAUUGCAGUGUAGAGAGCCCCUACUGGCAGACAUGGAUAAUGUUCACUAUCAUGCCUUACGGCCUGAUGGCUCCCAUCACGUGCUCAUACCUGGUUGUGAAAUUCCUUUCCUUCCGCGAAAGCCGUGGCGACCCGCAAUAUCGAGAGGUGCAAGGAUGGCUACUUCUCAACGCGUGGGGUCGGUCAAUGCUGACCAUCCUUCUCCUUUUCAUCCAGCAGCACAUGACGCAGCUAAGCAUCCCUUUCCAGUGUAAGUCUAUGGCGGAUGGUUCGAAAACACUCGUGGCUUCACAGGACAUUGUCUGUGAUUUGACCGACACCAACUACCAGCUGCUCUUCGGAGUUGCAACGCUGGGAUGGUUUGUCUUUGGCUCCGGUUUCGCUGUGUUGAACGUAUGCUUGUACUGGAGCUACCACUGGCAAGCGGGAACCAAAACACGGGACCGCAUCCCAAUCUAUGUCGCAGCUGUCGAAAUGAGCGUGGAAAACAUGAGGGGUUGGGUUGAAGCAGUCCGCCUCCGCGUCUUCAGCAACAUUGUGGCAGUCCGCACCUACCCGACUGGCAAGGACAACGAGGCCGCAGAAAAGCGCAUGCUGAUGGAGGCGAAGAUGAAGCAACGUGGCGCUGCUGUGGUGCCUGACAAGCCCGGCAAGGACCUGAACAAGGCACUGGCAGACAUGCGAAGGCGGAAAGCCACCCUGGAGGACGAGGUGAACCUAAAGGAGAUCAAACUCAAGUGGAAGAAUAAAGAGCGCUUCACGGAGAAGGGGGCAUGGCCAGACCACCUGGAUGGCAGCUACCUCACAUAUGGCUGGGUGCUCAUCUUCAGCAGCUUCUUCCGGCAGUUUGCCUUGAUGCUCUCUGCCCUGAUGGCCGUGGAGUUCCCACCCUUCGGGGCUGCGGCCCAGUCGCUGGUCUUCAUGAUCAACUUCGCGGCCCUGAUCCUCUUGUUUCCAUACACAGCGAGACUGCUGAACAUUGAGGAGUCGGUCCUCACCGGAUGCAUGGCCUUCUUGACCUUCAUGGCCGCUUUCAAGGAGAUGGUCUCCAAGCACAACAAAGCCUCGCAGUACCAGAGCACAAUCGAUGCUACAGGCAGCCUGAUAGAUGUCCUUGUCCUCAUCAUCGUAACCAUCAUCAGCGGCACCAUGGUCUUCAAUGCCUAUAUCAUAAUCGGCGGCUGCCUUACGGAGCGGCUGCGCGAGGAGGAGGAGCGCGGCCACUUCCACCGCCAGAUGGAGGACGCGGUCAAGGGAUUCCGAGAGAACGCAGAUGUGACCAGUCCCUUGGCAGUUUGCCUCUGA